AGAGGAGCAUGGGGGUUGUAGUUUCCCCAGAACUGAGGCCUCGGUUGAGUGCAGUUUAUUGGAAGAACUAGCGGUUGUAUAGCCCAUUGGAUGCAAAAGAGGGUAACAACGUGUGGAGUUUCCUAGUAGCCAAGGGACUGUUAAAAAAAAGUCAGUGUGACUGAGUCUCUAAGUUACACUAGAGACUGUGAUCUCAAGGGCAAAAGUCACCAACACAGAAAAACAUGGCGGCACCUAUGAGAGCUAUUUCUCGUUGCUGUCAAGUUGUGUCUCUGUGGAAAUGGAACAACAAUGCGGGAGGGAUGAUCAGGCGUUAUAUACAAACCGAGGCCUCUGGGAAAGAAACGCAUUUUGGGUUUCAGACGGUACCAGAGGAGGAGAAGGGGGAGAAAGUUUACCAGGUGUUUGAGAGUGUUGCUCAGAAAUAUGAUAUAAUGAACGAUUCCAUGAGCCUAGGAGUGCAUCGUCUAUGGAAAGACUACCUUGUAAAAUUAAUGAAUCCUACUCCGGGGACACAGCUUCUUGAUGUGGCUGGAGGAACAGGAGAUGUGGCGUUUCGCUUUAUUGACUAUAUUCGUGCACAGAAGGAAAAAUUAAUCCGACAAAAACUAAAGUCUCAGCAAACUCUUCCCUGGUCAGAGAUCUCCAGAACUUACCAGCAAAAUGGUCUAGGGGACUUGAGUGGGUCACAGGCGGUUAUCUGUGACAUUAACAAGGAGAUGCUCAAAGUGGGGAAGCAGAAAGCACUAAAACUCAGCUACUCUGAUGGGCUUUCUUGGGUGGCUGGUGAUGCAGAGGAAUUGCCUUUUGUAGAUGAAAAAUUUGAUGUUUAUACCAUUGCCUUUGGAAUCCGAAAUGUGACCCAUAUAGAGCAGGCUUUACGAGAAGCUUAUCGUGUACUCAAACCAGGAGGAAGAUUCUUGUGUCUAGAAUUCAGUCAAGUUAACAACCCACUGCUUGCCAGGCUUUACGACCUAUACAGUUUCCAGGUAAUUCCAGUGCUUGGUGAAGUCAUUGCAGGAGACUGGAAGUCAUAUCAAUACCUUGUAGAAAGUAUCCGGCGCUUCCCACCUCAGGAUGAAUUUAAAGACAUGAUAGAAGAUGCUGGCUUUUUUAAGGUGAAUUAUCACAACCUAACAUCUGGUGUUGUUGCAAUACACUCGGGCUUUAAAUUAUGAUAUGUAUACAAGAAAGCUAAUAAAGCGGUUAAAUCUGCAACAAGGAAAAUGAGGAAAACAAGCCAAUGGCGUUAAGAAAAACGUAUCAAUGAGAAGUGCAGCUUAUUUUUUGUAAUAAAUGUUUUAUUUAAAUAAAUGAGUAUUUUGUAAAAA